CGUGCCCGGUCCCCGCCCCUGUUUCCCACUCUUCCUUCCACCUCUGACCGGCCGGGGCUGCGGAGCGGCUUCGCUCGCAGGUCCCGGGAGCCGCCGCCCGCUUCCUCCGCCCGCGGUGAGCCCGUCAAUCCCCGCACAACGCGCUCCUCCAUCUGGGCCAUGGAUGGUGUUGUUACAGAUCUUAUAGCAGUCGGUUUAAAGCGGGGAUCUGAUGAGCUUCUUCCUUCUGGUGUCAUUAACGGACCUUCUACCAUGAACAAUUCUACUUCUGCAGGUGUGUAUGCUAAUGGGAAUGACAACAAGAAAUUUAAAGGAGAUAGACCUCCCUGUUCGCCUUCCCGUGUUCUCCAUCUUCGAAAAAUUCCAUGUGAUGUCACCGAAGCAGAGGUCAUAUCAUUAGGUCUACCAUUUGGCAAAGUAACUAAUCUUUUGAUGUUGAAAGGAAAAAGCCAGGCCUUUUUGGAAAUGGCUUCUGAAGAAGCUGCUGUUACUAUGAUAAAUUAUUACACUCCCGUUACUCCUCACCUUCGAAGUCAGCCUGUUUAUAUCCAGUAUUCCAAUCACCGAGAACUUAAGACUGACAAUCUGCCCAAUCAGGCUAGAGCCCAAGCUGCACUGCAGGCUGUCAGUGCAGUCCAGUCAGGAAACCUGUCCCUUCCUGGAGCUACUUCCAAUGAAGGCACAUUGCUACCUGGGCAGAGCCCUGUGCUCCGGAUAAUUAUUGAAAACCUAUUUUACCCUGUCACUCUGGAAGUUCUCCAUCAGAUAUUUUCUAAAUUUGGCACGGUGUUGAAGAUUAUCACCUUUACAAAGAAUAAUCAGUUUCAAGCCUUGCUUCAGUAUGCUGACCCAGUGAAUGCGCAGUAUGCCAAAAUGGCUCUGGAUGGCCAGAAUAUCUAUAAUGCGUGCUGCACUCUCCGUAUCGACUUCUCCAAGCUCACCAGCCUUAAUGUGAAAUACAAUAAUGACAAAAGCAGAGACUUCACUCGCUUAGACCUUCCUACUGGUGAUGGUCAGCCAUCUCUUGAACCUCCUAUGGCUGCUGCAUUCGGUGCACCGGGUAUAAUGUCCUCUCCAUAUGCAGGGGCUGCUGGAUUUGCCCCAGCCAUUGCAUUUCCUCAAGCAGCAGGUCUGUCCGUCUCGGCUGUUCCUGGAGCCCUUGGUCCUCUCACACUUACUUCCUCUGCUGUCAGUGGAAGGAUGGCCAUUCCUGGGGCAAGUGGUAUACCAGGGAAUUCCGUUCUGCUGGUCACCAACCUCAAUCCUGACUUUAUCACACCACAUGGGCUUUUUAUCCUAUUUGGAGUGUAUGGUGAUGUACAUCGAGUGAAGAUUAUGUUUAACAAGAAAGAAAACGCCUUGGUGCAGAUGGCCGAUGCGAGUCAAGCCCAGCUAGCAAUGAACCACCUAAGUGGUCAGAGACUUUAUGGAAAAGUACUUCGGGCUACACUGUCCAAACAUCAAGCUGUCCAGCUCCCUAGAGAGGGACAAGAAGACCAAGGUCUGACCAAGGACUUCAGCAAUAGUCCCCUGCAUCGCUUUAAAAAGCCUGGCUCAAAGAACUUCCAAAACAUCUUCCCUCCGUCAGCCACACUGCAUCUCUCCAACAUUCCUCCUUCUGUUACAAUGGAUGAUCUGAAGACCCUGUUCACGGAAGCUGGAUGUUCAGUGAAGGCUUUUAAAUUCUUUCAGAAGGACCGUAAGAUGGCACUCAUUCAGCUGGGAUCUGUGGAGGAAGCGAUCCAGGCCCUUAUUGAGCUUCACAAUCACGACCUUGGAGAAAAUCACCACCUCAGAGUUUCCUUCUCAAAAUCCACCAUCUGAUCUGUGUGUGAAUUCUCUCCUUCUAUUGGACCAUAAUUUCUGUAAUCUUCAGGCACAGACUGAAGCAGUUCAGGACCAGCUCUGCCUCUUCCAUAAAAGUGACUCUUGGAGUCUGACUGAUACUCAAGUACGACAGCUACUUCUUCUUUCCUCUCAUUUCCCCUACCACUGUAUGAUCAAAAGUUUGCUUUUCCUUUGUAUUGUGGUUUCUAUGAAAAUAACUUUCAGGAAAAAAAAUCAGGAAAGUAUAUUUUAAAUAAUUUAAUUCCCUGAAUUAGAUUUCAGAAGGACAGACUUUCUUUAUGUUUGGGUCCAGAUCAGCCUUACAUGACAUUUCUAAACUCCUUUGUACUUUGAGAAAUUUAAACAUACAGCCUUUUGCAAUUUCUUGAUGUAAUUUAAAUCACCUUCUACUAAGUUUUUAACUUCAUGAUUCAGAAGUUUCCCUGUAGAACGUGACAUUCAUUCACUUGUAAGACUUGUACCAGAUGUUUGCACCUAUUGAUAGCUUAUUAUACACAACCACACGGAGUUGUAUUGGAAACAGGUCUAUAGACAUGCAUGCUUCCUUUAGUCUUCUUUCCCCCUCCUGUGUUACACUCCUUUGAAUAAUGCAUAUCUUCUCUUUUUAAGACUAUUUGGAAAAGCAAAGUGUUGCAACUGUCCCCAGGGAAAUAGAAGUGAAAUUCAGCCUGGAUCUAUUACAAUAUCAGCAUAAUUAGUCAUUUUAGAAAAAAAAAUCAUGUUUUAAAUUUCAAAAUGACAUUUGUCUAGUAAUGUAAUGUGAUCUUGGAAAAUUUUAAAAGAAAAUAAUCCUACUUUUUUAUAAUUGUUUUCAGAAAAAAGUUUACAGUCUUAAGGAAAAAUAUUCAGGUCUAUCAUAUGGUUUGACAGAUUUUUUAAAAGUUAUUUUUGGUAAGGUCUUCUUUUAGGAAAAAAAAAUCUCAAGGGUUUUUUGUACCACUAUAAUCUCUAAUACUCAGAAUUACUGUGUAUUUACUUAAUUUCUUAUUAUGUGCCUUAUUAUGUGCUUAAGAUAUAAUAGGUUAGAAUUUUAUCUAAAUAUCUAGGAGGAUAAAUUGUGGGCUUGGUGAGCAUUCUGUUAUUUCUUUCCUUGUCUUGGAUUUUAAGGGGUUUGGUUGUUUUUGUUUUGUUUUUCUUUUUCAUCACAGUUUUAAGUGGUUUUCAAUAAGUAAUCGUUUCUAUUCAGAUCUUUGGUGCUUUGGUAUAGUGAUGGGAUAGAGAAGGGUGAGGGUUUGGGAAUAAAUAACUCAGUGUGCACCUGUAGGCCUCUACAUCGUGACUGCUGGUUACUGCCAGCGUCAGUGUAGUCAGAGCUAUAGAACUGCAGCCUCCGUUCUGAAUCUGCCUAACCUUUACUGCCCGUUAGAACUCGUCUCAGGAUUACUUGAUUCUUUCUUAGUGCUCAAGUGAGAACUUGAUCUUCUUUGUUAAUGCGACUUCCUUACAGCUAGCACACAGAUUUGGAGUGUUAGAAGUGGGUUUUUUUUUUUAUAUUCUGACCCUCUUACUGUUUUGGUUGAGUGUAAAAGUACAUGUUAAUGUUGCCUCAGUGAUUGUGUCAUGUAAAUUUAUUCUUUUAAUAUGAGACUGCUUUUGUUAAUUCUUCAGUGCUUGAUUGGUUUUUAAAAUACAGAAUUUGUCAGAGGGAUCAAUUUUGUCCACCCCGUCUCACUUUUAAUAAUCUCAGAGUGGAUCAUCUCAUCUUUGAAAAAGUAUCUCAGUCUUUACUUUCAGCUAUUAAUUUGAACAUUAUUUUUUUUUUAAAGAAAGGAAGAAAAUUUUCAUAGAAGCUGAAAGAGGUAACUAUAGGUUGGUUAGAGUCAAAUCAGAAUUCCCUCAGUGCAGAGCAACUGCUGGUAGGCUAGGCAGGGAAUGCUAGACGGGGCAUUUCACAUGGCUCACCCUCAUGUUGGCUGAAUAGAUCAGUGUGACAGUUCUCCAGUGGGUGUUUUCCCACUUACAUUUGAGGUGUAUUUUCACCUGAAUACUGAAUAAGGGAGGGAAAAAAUUAGGACUGUCUCCUCAAAUUUGCUUUUCUUUUUUUCUCACACAGACAUUAUUUUCAGUGUCAUUUUAAAUUGGAUUGCUUCCUUUAUUUUGAGUUGGGAACUACUAUGUAAUUUAUUAAUUCUUGGCAUUCAUAACAUCCAGCAUAAGUGUAGCAAAAGUUAUUGAGAACAGAAGGGAAAUCAUACUGGUGUUGAAUGUAAUUCUGAACUAGGGAUGGCCUUUAAAUUUGAGAGAGAACAUUGAAAUCCUUUUCAGGGAUUUGUGUAGAUAUGUGUGUGUGUGUAUGUGUGUGUAUAAAUAAGUGUAUAUACAUACAUAUACUCUUUUAAUGUUAUAUAUACAUAUGCACAUUACGUACAUUUUAAUUUAUUGACAAAAUUAACAAUGAUUUGAGAACGUAGGAUAUGCUUGCUUUAAAAGAGCAUGUUUGAAGCCAUCAGAUUGUGUCUAAAAUUAGCUGUAGCAUAUGGAUGCUGUCCAUAUUUGAGCUCUUUACUGUUUGAAUUAUAGAGGUCUACAGUAUUUGUGUUAAAUAUCAGGGUGGUGGAGAAAUUCGGUCUGUGUAUUUUUAUUUUGGCAUGCGCUGAUUCAGGAUCUUUUAAGCAGUGGUUUAUUUGUGCUGUUGACCUGUGACGACGCCUUGCAGAGAUAAUUUACUUUGUUUUGUCACUUUUGGGUAUUCUGACUUUUACUUUAUAAAGCAUAUACAUUCAGGACUUAAGGAAAUAGCAGUGCACCUUCAAUAAUAGCAUUACAUGUCAAGAUGUCUUACUUUGGGAUUUGGAUGUGUUUUGUGACAGAUGAGAAUAUAUUCUCUUAGUUGACAGUUUGUUAGACCUUCAGGAUUACCUGGUACCCCCACAGAAUGUCAUGAGAUCUUUGGGACUAAAUGCCAGAGGUAGCUCUUAGUGUUUGCACUGAAUGUUUCAGAGUCAUGGUUGCAGCUUCCUCCUUUGUCUUUCCCCACUGUGGUGAGUAAGGGUCCUGUUGAGGUUUGGAAUGAGCCCUUAUGAUCCAGGCAUAGUAGCACACAGCUGCAGUUGAAGCACUGGAGGAAGAUGAUGGUUGUGACUUUAAACCCAGCCUGGACCACAGGCCAUGGUCCAUGCUAGUCUUGGCAUUACAGAAGACCAGUGCCUUCCUUUCCCCAAUUAAUCUACUGUCAACUUUUAAGUCUUCAUCAUGUCAUUUACUUGAGUAUAUUAAUGUGCAGUUCCUUGUUUAGUCCCAUUAAAUAUUUUUGGAUUAAAAAA